AUGAAGCUGCAAUCCAUCAAGAUUGGCACUCCCUUUCCAGUAUUAAUCAUCUUUUUCACCACUUGUCUGUUCUUCUUCCUGUUAGCUUCUUUGUUCUUUUUUAUCAAAUACUUCAAUUCUCGUACUGUGAAAGCUUCCAGUCGUGAGCUUUCGCUUGUUUCGCUACUAGGCCUAGCUGUUUUGGCUCUUUCUCCUAUAGCUUUCCUGUCAGAGCCAUCUCUUUUCAUCUGUAACUUGCAGCAAUGUUUGUUUGGCAUAGGGCUUACACUUUGCAGUGUACCUCUUUUCCUGAAAGCCAUGGUAAUCUAUAGAGUCGUCAGGAAAGCAAGACGUUCUGUGUCAAUUCCGAAGCUCUCUGACAAACGAUCGCAAAGCCUGAUUUGCUUGGGACUCGUCGCUAUGCAAGUACUGUUAUCCACACUUUGGCUAGCUGGAAAUCCUAUGUCUGUACAGAGCUACAAAUCCUCUGAUAACAGACACAUUAUAAAGCACUGUACGUUUAACUUCUUGAGUCUGGUAGUCAAUUUCUUAUAUCCUUGCAUACUAUCAACACUUGCCACCGUGUUAGUUAUGCAGACCAAGUCACAAAAGCUACCGGCGUCAGUAUAUGAGGGCAAGCAAACGGUAUUUGCUUCAGUAUUUACAUGCUUCGUUCUGUUCCUCUACCUUGCCUCGUCUAGUGUAUAUGCCAAAGAUAAAACAAGUUUUCUCCAAGAGUACUCUUUUAGUGUCUUAUGCCUUGUCAUUGUUGCAGCCUACGUCUCCUGUCUUUUCGUGCCGAGACUUGCAGCUUUAACGUACUUCAGGCGUACAGAAUUGCAGCCGUCGUCAGAAUUGGGAAACGUCAAUCCCUGGAAACUAAAAGACCCGAAUGCUACCGAGACACUGUCUGAUUCAAUUUCUAAAAAGGAUAGCGAUACAGAAUUUGCUUUGCAGAAAACUGUUCAAAGAAACAUCAAUCUGGUAUCAAUAGUAGUGAAGUCAAAGGACCCUAGUGUACAUUGUUAAGCUAAAUUACAGUGUAGAAUACAUUAUAUUUUGAAAGUUAAGAGGCAAAGCAUUUUGUUCGUCUAACAAAUCGUCUAACAUUCUUUAGGCCUUAUCAAGUACGGGAUAUGAAGGGGUGUAGGUGUAACAUUCCCUACAUUUUGAAAAUCCCAUCGGUAAUGUCUCGAGUUAUAUCAAUUAGGAUCGUAGGUUUUCGGUAUUUGUGAAAUAAUUAUUGUUGUCAUACAAUUGAGUGAUUAAGGCAUGAAAGCAGGUACAAAGUAGCUUUUUACUCACUAUUCUAUGACAAGAUGUUAUUUAUCGAAGAUUUAUUUUGCAAUAGCCCUUCCAUUAAAAAUUCCUUUUGCGUUCCGCUGACUAAUGCAGGCCAUUUUUCUUUCUCCAAGAGCAGCAAUGGCUUGAGAAAGGACUCUCUUCAUUGCAUUCAACUUUAUAUUUGCAACCUAACUAUUCGCUUUUAAUGGUUGAAAUAAUGAAAAGCUGCAAUAAGAAAUGAAUGGUUUGGGCUGGGCAAUGGCAUUGUAGGAGCACAAUGCAAGGGUUAACUUCAUAAUUUGCUUUUCUGAAUUCAGCUUUGAGAAUUCAAGUAACGCAUAAUGGCUACUUAGGAUUGUAUAAAGACCAACUAUCCAUUCCUU